AUGCUCCCGCGCUCGACAUCGCCGACAGCUUCGACCGGACCAGCCGCGGUCACUGGCUUGCUCUCUUCGCAGCGAUGGACGACGGGACACGAAGGAGAAGGCAGUCACAGUACUGGCGCAGGCGUAGCUGCUGCUAUCGCGGACGCGGGAGAAGAAGUCGCCACCGCCAGGCCAUCCCCAAUGUGCCCGAAUGCAGGCUCAGGAUACGACGAAGCUCUCGAGCCGGCGGCGUGGACGCGCGAGGAGGACUCGGCUUUGAGCGUUGCAGUCGGGCGGUCAGCAGUCGGCGACUGGGAGGGCGUUCGACAAACCUUCUUCAAUGUAACUGGCUCGCCGAAGAGUGCUUCCGCCCUGUCGGAGCGUUGGGAAGUCCUGCGGCUCGGGCAGUUGACUUCGAGGAAGUACACCUUCAAUCGCAGCUCGCCUGAUCCUCUCGACUUCUCGCGCGAGGAGACGACCCUUCGCUGGUUGCGCGUGCACCAUUCGGCAACUCCGCCAGAUCAGCACAGCUCGCCCUCUUCGAACGGCUUUUUGGCGCUACGCGAAGACUCGCAAGUUCAGAAUUGCGCGAAGAGGCUGCGCAAUGCGGGACUGGAGGAAACGGUCGGCAACCGCGGCGUCGCAACGCCUACUCCUAGGCAGGACGCGCCUGCGGCUGACGCGGCGAUACCUUCUUCGCUAAAUCCGCUAUACGACGAGCCGAUGAUGAACGCCAGUCGGUCCGAUGCCAUCCGUGCCAUUCCCUCAUCCGACGCCGCCUCUUAUACUUCGCUUUCAGCCGGGCUUGACCCGGUACGCGACCCGUCGAAGCCAUCUUGCGAUCCGCUCCGAGAAGCCGACUUCGCCUUUGUCGCCGACGAUCUCGGCGAACGAGACGAGCAGGAUGUACUCUCGGUCUUUUCGACCGACCCAGAUCCGCCCCAGCAAACGUCCGCGCCCACACCUUACGCGCUCCCCCUACGACGCCAACCUUCGAACGCUCCUGCGACCACAGACCCGAUUGAGCUGGUCGUACAGGGUUGCGCCUUGCCAACCCAGACCUCGCCUCCUCGACCUGCGCCUGCCGCCUCUUCUUUCUCGACCAGCGUACCUCUCGAGCCUCUCAAGCUUGCGGGAAUACCCGAUCCAGCCAGCAUUCCACCUCGUCCUAGCACAUCGCGCCGCUUCCCAUCCGUCUACCGCCCCUCUCCCAAUCGCUCGUCGACCUUGCGAAUCGAGACGACGGAUGCUCGAGACGACGAUAACCCUCCUCCGCCCUUCAAGCCUCGUCUGCUCAUCAAGGGCAUCGCCAAGGCGGCGCGGCGUCAACAGUCGACAGCGCAACGUCCAAGCUUUCCGUCACGGCAGGUCACCUCCGAACCUGUCGAAGCCGCUGAGCCCUCACCUUCAAAGGGUGGAUCGCCGCAGCAGCGUCAGUUGUCUGCCAUCGCCGAUUCGCCAACGACGCUUGCGAAGUACGCGCCGAAUCCUCAUGAAAUUGCUCGACCCUCCUCGACGUCUAUCCAGCAGCAGCCUUCCCCGCCACCUUCGCUCCCCGACACCACAAUGAGCGACUCUGCGAUCAAUCUUGCAGGGCAGAACAGCGCAGGCGGAGGGAGUGGAGAUGUUGGCCGUGAGAAGGAGACGGCUGAGGCCGCAGAAGAUUGGCAGGCUAUCCUCGAUGGGGCGGAUCGCCUGAGGAGGAGAUUACUUGAGAUUGCAGCGUCACUGAGGGUUUAA